AUGACUAGCCCUGGAAACCAAGAUUUACAUACGAAUGACGAGAUCGAUGGCGUCGAUCGCAUUGCAGAUCAAUCAAACGGGGAAGAAUUAGAGAACUCGUCGUCCUCGAAUGGCGCUGAGAGCUCCGGCGUUGGACCGGCGUCGAGGAGUGAGAUUGGGCUCGAAGAGCGAUUGACGGACAUACUUGUUGAUGAAGGGGAUGGAGAUCUGUUGCUCCAGCAGAGCAAUCGAGAGGACCGUGUUUUGCAGUGGCUACAAGCGCUCGAUAUGCAGGUUAUGGGUGCGUGUCGUGCCGACGAGAGGUUGAAGCCCUUAUUGAAGAUGAAUGCCUCGAACGACGUCGCAGAAGGUCGAUUGUUAGCUCAAUUAAGCCAGCAUUUCGAGCCAGCAGAAGUUGGAAUGCUAGCGAGGUGCUUCUGUAUACCUCUUGUUUCUAUUCGUGUGGGACAGAUCAACAAGCAAGGGACUCUCUUGUGCCCCACUGCUGCUAGGGGUAAUUUAAAUCUUACAGUCUUGCCAACAUCUAAUUUACGCCUUUCAUUCGUUGGGGAUGAUGGUCAUACAGAUAGACUUUUCACUUUAAGUAGCAAAUCUCAGUGUUCUGCUGUAGAAGUCAAUGAGAUUCCAACGGACAAUUCUGGCCGGUCUUUCCUUAUUAAAAUCCCAGGUGGCCGGGUUUUUUACUUUUGGUGCUCUGAGACAUCCCGACUUUUGGGAAUUGAAUUGCUUGCAAAGAUGAAGGAUCUGAUCAAGAGGAAGCCCUCCAUAGCUGAGUUAACUGGAAUCAGUGAAUCACGCCUUGGUUGCUUUGCAACUCACCUUCGUGCCUAUCUGGUGGGAUCAACAGUGGGUGGUAAUGCAGGAAGUUCUGCAGGCUCCACAUCUGAUGGGGAUACCACCACAGAGCUAUCUGAUACAGCUCAAGAUGGACAAUUCUCAUCCGCAUCAUCAAAAUCCUUGCGUUCACGGCAUAGUGUCAAUCAGGCAACAAAGGCAAAUUCAUCAUUUCAGGGUAGCCUGAGCCCAAGACCAAGUUCCUUCAAAGAGGGCCUACCCAGAACCUUGUCUUCUUUGAGGAACAUAUCCAGGGAAAGGUUGAGGAGGCGAGGAGACAUGUACCUUUCAGGCAUUGACAUCCCAACAAUUGCUUCAUCAAUCACAGUUGAUGCAUCUUGUCCAAAUAAUGCUGAAAUUGACAAAUGUCCGGCAGUUAUUAGAAGUUGCUCUUUAUCUUCUUCAGGUUUCCUAGAGUCACUAGGAAAAUUGGCUGUCCCAUCAACCCUGAACCCUGCAUCACAAGUUCCUUACAUAGUUACUCCUCUUUUAUCUCCUUACUAUUGUUGGUGCCCUCCAGGUUCAUCAGAUUUGCAGUUCUCACCAGAACCUCCUCAGCUUCCUGGCUCAUCAAUUGAAUCAGCUUUGCUUCCACCACUUUCUUCUUUAUUACAAGCCAAUGUGCCCUCAAGCAUGUUGACAACAAAUCCACCACUUAAUUUGGCUGAUGCUCCCUUGGUCGAUUUCCCUGCUUUUCUCCCAGACCCAUUGGUCAGGUUACCAAGGCCAACUUCUCAGCAGAUCCCAACUUUCACACCGUUGAUGUGUGACCCAAUUGUUCACAUUCCAGUUAUUGAUAUUUGCUCUUCAGGCCAAGGGUACUUAGUCAGUGCUGGUCCUGCUAUUUCAACUGCCAUUUCUCCUUUGCACCCGAAACUUGUGAAUAUUCCCGAAACUGAUUCUAUGGUGGAGAAGGGUGCGAGAGAGACACUGCGGCGACUGCUAAUGAGUGGUUCGACCCAGAAUGGCUCACAGCUGAUAGAUGUAUUGCCUGCCAUGCUGUCAAAUGCACAUGAGAAUCGAAAUAUGCUGGUUGGUGGGAGCCGGGGUCUGUAUAGUGGAACCAGGGACGUUGAUGUAAUUGCAAACAGCAUUGCAGCCAUGGGUCUUGUUUCACUGUCUGGGAUAUCUACCAGGGGAACUGGUUUAGAUAAUUGUAGUAUCCACGGAAAUUUUGAUAUGCAGGAAGAGGGAUCCAGUGGAUUGGAUGGAUCUUGUUCGGAAGAUAAGGGUACCUUUUGUUCGGAUUUUAGGGUAAAAAGGGCAGAUGAAUAA